GCCCACUGAAUAAAAAGCCCAAAUCAAAGACGAAUAUUGGAACAACAAAAGAGUUUUUUUCACCCUUCUUCUUCUUCAACCUCUGCGCCGCUUUUCAAGCUCUGACCUUAUAGGCUCCGUCGUUUUUCAAAGGUUUUUGUCCAUAUCAAACUCGAACUGAACCUUUCUCUGACCGGCGGAAACUUCUGAUUCAAUGGAUAAGGCAAAAGAGAAACCUAUGGAGGACGUGAACCCGGAAGUGGAAGAAGUUGAGAAAGUAGAGGAAGUUGAAGAAGAACAGAGAGAUGCCGGAGAAGAGCAAGUAGAAGAAGAAGAGCCGGAUAAGAGUUUCGAGGAGCUAGGGCUUGAUUCUCGUCUCAUUCGUGCCCUAAGUAAGAAGGGUCUAGAGAAACCCACUCCUAUUCAGCAAUCAGCCAUUCCUUACAUUCUGGUCUACACAGAGGUUUCUUCGCUUAUCGAGCUGUGUCGUGUUCAGCUGAAAGUAGUGCAGCUGACUAGUAGCAUGCCUGCAUCUGAUAUGCGUAACGCAUUGGCCGGACUGCCUGAGAUACUUGUCACCACACCUGCUUGUAUUCCAAAAUGUUUUGCCGCCGGCGUUUUAGAUCCAGCAGCUAUCAGUGACUCGCUUGAAAUCUUGGUUCUUGAUGAGGCAGAUCUUCUGUUGUCAUUCGGAUAUGAAGAUAAUCUAAGAUCGGUAACUUCAAUAGUCCCAAGACGUUGCCAGUGUCUUCUUAUGUCUGCCACCACGAGUACUGAUGUUGAAAAACUGAAGAAACUGAUUCUGCACAACCCCGUCGUUUUGACUUUGCAAGAAGGUGCUGACAAGGAAGAGCCCGUCCCAAGUAAUGUUCAGCAGUUUUGGAUUUCUUGCAGUACACAGGAUAAGUUGCUUCACACUCUUGCUCUCUUGAAGCUAGAGGUCGUUCAGAAGAAAAUUUUGAUAUUCAUUAAUACGAUUGACAUGGGUUUCAAGUUGAAACUGUUCUUGGAGAAGUUUGGAAUCAAAUCUGCAAUUUUAAACGGGGAGUUGCCUCAGAAUUCUCGGCUUCAUAUCCUUGAGCAAUUCAACGCAGGUCUUUUUGAUUAUUUGAUUGCAACGGAUGAUAAUAACCAGUCUAAAGAAAAGGAAGAGGCUAAAGCUGAAGAAAACAAGGAGAAUAAAAAAGGCAAAAGGCGUGGCAAACCAAAGCUGGAUGCUGAGUUCGGUGUAGUUAGAGGAAUUGAUUUCAAAAAAGUUCACACCGUUAUAAACUUCGAUAUGCCUCAAAGCGUGACAGGAUAUAUUCAUCGAAUUGGGCGUACAGGGAGAGCAUAUAGCAGCGGUUCUUCAGUUUCUCUUGUUUCUCCUGAUGAGAUGCAAGGGUUUGAAGAUAUCAAAUCCUUCUUAGCAGGCGAAGAGGACAAGGAUAGUGAUAUCAUCACACCCUUCCCUUUUUUGACUGAAAAUGCUGUCGAGUCUUUAAGAUAUAGAGCCGAGGAUGUUGCAAAGAGUGUUACAAAGAUUUCGGUUCGAGAGUCUCGAGCUCAGGAUUUAAGAAAUGAGAUCAUCAACUCGGAAAAGUUAAAGUCUCAUUUCGAAGCGAAUCCAAGAGACUUAGAUCUAUUGAAACAUGACAAGCUUCUGAGUAAGACUGCGCCUGCGCCACAUCUAAGGGACAUCCCCGAGUAUCUAGUGGAUCCAAAGACUCAAGAAGCAAGCAAGAUGGUGAAGCUAGCCAGAGCCGCAAUGGGCAACAGUAGGAGAUCCGGUGGAGGCGGUGGUCGCAACAACAAUAACAAGAAACGAUCCAGAAAAGGCGGUGACCCACUCAAAACCUUCAACCCCAAUGGAUCUAAAAGAGGACAUGGUGGCCAGAAGAAGGAUGGUAAAGGAUCUAGCGAUGGCUCGACCAAACAGAAGAAACAAAAGACAGUCACAGUCUAAUGUCUUUGCAUCGCCAGUGAAAUGUGAACCCUCGGAUUGUUCGAUACGUUUAGGAUUUUUCCUCUUUAGAAAAAAGAGAGCAUGUUUUGAGAUAUAUGAUGAUGAAGCAGAUAAGGUUUUUCUUGUGGAUGAGUUUUGCAAUUUUGUGUUUUAGGGUCUGAGAGAAAUCGUGGAGUGAUUGUCUUAACGUGUGAAACGUUACAUCAAAGACAAUUAUUUGGAGUUUGACUUUUUUACUUAUUUGAUUGGCUGUCUAAUUAAAAGUUGUCGAGAAUUAAGGUCAUGAUUAACAUGAGUUGUUGAUAAAGCGAAUAUGCGAUAUGUGUGUAGUUUCCUUUUA